AAAUUACUCGUAGUUAAGGAAUGCAACCUUGCUGUGACGCGUCGUGCAAAGAUACAGAAAAUUUUGUGCUCGUAUUUUGUGAAUUUCUUAUUAAAAACAUAUAUAAAAUAAAUAUUUAAUAAUACGCCUCCAACAUAUUUCUGGUUUGUUAGCACAUAGGGUGCAGCAGGGAUAUAAGAACGAGACUGCAUCAGACCAAAAGUUAGCAAAAAUCUUAUUUUCACAUUCCAUUUUGUGUUUGAUCUUCGUAGCAGGUCAGUUGAUUCGUUGGUUAAUCGCGGCCGAAUUGACAGAAUUGGUGGAUUUCGAAACGGGGAAAAAGCAAUUGCGAGAACCAAGAACGCUCGCUGGAACGAACGAGCACCAAAAAAGAAGGGAAACAUUGGCCAGGCGCCUCUGCCCAUAGCAUAUUCGAAACGACGAUAGCAACGCAACAGCGGGAAGAAAGAAGUUUUAUUUCUUUUCUUUGCUUGCUGAACUAGGGACAUCGUUUGGAUUGUGCUUCCAAUUUGUGGUUUCCAUCAAGAAAUCCCUGAAGUGAUAAGUAAUACAAUUUAGUGAGAAUAUCAAGUACGUGAAAAAGUAACAAAGUGCAAGUAACGAAGUAAUAAGAUACAUUCUCAACCAAAUUAGAGGAGAGGAAACAUUUUCGGCAAGCCCAAUUAGCAGCGAACGUUAUAAAAUAAUAGUGAGCAACAUAAAUAUAAGUGUAACUCUGUAAUCGCAAAUUGAUUACGGAAACAAAGAAAAAUUGCAAUUACGUAUUCGUUUAUAGUAUACGACACACAUACAUAAAUUGUUGUGCCCUCCCCUGAUCAACAAUCACAUAAUAAAGACCUGCUGAGUACGUCCACCCAUCGCUGACACUAUGCGCGAGUACAAAAUUGUUGUGCUGGGCAGUGGAGGUGUAGGCAAAUCCGCCUUAACCGUACAAUUUGUACAGGGCAUAUUCGUGGAAAAGUAUGACCCCACAAUCGAGGAUAGCUAUCGCAAGCAGGUGGAAGUUGACGGUCAACAGUGUAUGCUGGAGAUACUCGACACUGCAGGCACAGAACAGUUUACCGCUAUGCGCGAUCUUUACAUGAAAAAUGGUCAAGGGUUCGUCCUCGUAUAUUCCAUAACGGCACAAUCAACAUUCAAUGAUCUGCAAGAUUUACGUGAACAAAUAUUGCGUGUGAAAGAUACGGACGAUGUACCGAUGGUGUUGGUGGGUAAUAAAUGCGAUUUAGAAGACGAGCGAGUAGUGGGCAAAGAGCUGGGUAAAAGUCUGGCCACACAAUUCAACUGCGCCUUCAUGGAAACAUCAGCCAAAGCUAAAGUUAAUGUACAUGAUAUUUUCUAUGAUCUCGUUAGGCAGAUCAAUAAAAAAUCGCCAGAGAAGAAACAGAAAAAACCUAAAAAGUCCUUAUGUGUUCUGCUAUAAGACUACAAUUAAAAAUUAUAUAAAGGAAACAUGAUAAUGAUUGAAGAAAAUAAAUAAAUAGUGAGGAUCUAUUAAGAAAAUGUUUAAAAACCAAAAAAGUUUCAGAAAAACAUUGCGAUCAUAUGUGGAUUUCUCACAAUCCAAUCUCCUUCUCGCUGUGUCUUUAGAUAUUGAAAAACAUUGAAUACUUAUAAUGGUGGUAUGUAAAAAAAAACAAAUUACCUUCACUUAUGGGCGCAAAAUUUUAAAUGCCGAUUUUAUGGAAUUAUUUUCUGGAAUUAAAAAUAAGUUUGUAUUAUUUCAUCUCAAUACUAUCCUUUGUAUGAAACCAAAAGGAAAGUCUAAACGCAAAUAUUUUAUGGCGCUUAAGUGAAAUUCCACUUAAAAAACUCGUUAAAAAGCCGCGUUGUCGAAAUCAUUCAAAAUCGUUUUUACAAUUUACUAAGAUACUACUUUGCUACCAUUUUACAAAUUUACAAAAUAUCUAUAACUAAGAAAAAAACUUAGCAGAUGUUAGUUUUGAAUUAACGCUUGUAAGUAGGAAAGAAAUGUAUACUAGGGUCUCGGUAAAGUCAAUACGAUUUCGCACACUCUUUACUCAUGCAGUUCAAACACUUUUUUAUAGCUAUAUUGCGCGCAUAAUUUCACACAUAAUGGUUCUACGGUUGUGAAUAUUUCAUAAUCAUAUUUGAAAAACCUGCUCUUAAUCAUAUUGCUUCAAAAGUUGCAAUUUUAUUUUACUUUCCAAAGCUUUAUUUCUUUAACAACCAUUGAUAAAUCUUUUUUUUUAGUUAAAACUGAAAUGUUAGCCAUAACCGAGAAUAUGUAGGCCAAAUCGUAAUAGCUCGAGUAACCGUUUUGACUAUAAAACCUAAGCAAAGGAAAUGCCAAGCAAAAAAGUAAUAAAAAAUAAUAAUAAUAAUUUAGCGGAUGUAAAGAAGUGAUGAGAAAAUAAGAAUUUUUGCCAUUUAAGGCACAUAGUUGUAUGUACAAUCCAUAUUGACCGGCACAUUUAUUGCUAGUCUUCUAUCAUCUUCGUUUCGCCGUUUAUUAAUGAAUAUAAAUAUAGAAAUAAUGUUGUAACAGCACUGUCAAAAGACAAAACGAUUCCCAUGUGCCCUAUGAAAAAUAUAAAACCAUAAUUAAUCAGUUUGUCGUACUCAUGCAUAGUAAAACAUAUAUUCGAUCCCAUACAUCAAGACCCGAGCAGUAUCCGUGACGAAAAGAAAUAUGCCUGUUUGCUAUUGGCAGACCAACGAUCCCUUCACGAAACAAUCAAAAUGUGUAAAUCACUUUGUAGCCACUUUGUAUUGAUAAAUUAUUUGUUUGAUGAUUAUAUACUUAAUUGAUGUUUUCUAGCAUUAUGAAAAAUUUUAUAAAUUUAAAAUGAAUGUAAUGAAAAGUUGCGUAGAAAUAUGUAUGAAAUGAAACAAACAAACAAAAAAUCAUGUUUUAAAACAAGUAAACAAUUAAAAUUGUGAAGACUAAAAUUACCCCUUUUGUUUUAAAUAAGUUCUCGUUUUUCAUUGUCAUAUGGCAUAUGAGAAAUUCAUUAGUAUCAGCAAAGCAAAAAUGAACAAUAUGUAUAAUGAUCUAAAAAUGUGACCGGUAAAAAUUAAUUUAAACCAAUUUAAAUCGCAACAAUAUAAGA